AUGCCUGUAGAGGUGUCUGUUCCGUUCGACGGCGUCGGACAGUGGCUGGAAUCGCGAGGACUCGUCCAGGCUGGUUGGGCACGGCGCCUUGCUAAGCUGCAGGACGGCGUGUUUGCGACCAUCUCCCAGGACGUGGACGUCGAUUGCCUGAGGAUCGCGGUGGACAGCGUGGGGGACGCGCGUUUGCCGUCAGGCGCGGAACCGGCGCACGGCCCUGCACAACCGGCGCUGGCCCGGUACCUGGUCGCCCGCGCGGCGCGCGACCUGCUCUUGCCGGACGCGGAGAGAACGUGGCUGGGGUACCCCAAAGGCACCGCAGGCAAGCUCGACGAGCUCGUCAGGGAGUACGAGCGCUCCUGGCUGUGGGUCUGCGAGGCCGGCCAGGACCUGCACCGCGUCGGUAGGUUCCUGCUCCCGGAACUACGCAACAGCGCGCGGCGCGCCGACCAGACCCUCUCCGACCUCGAGCGCCGCCUCCGUGAGCACCAGCGCCGCGCGCUCGCAGCGGCUGAGCGCCACGAAGCCGCGUGCAGGGCCCAGGGCAUCGAUGCGGCAGCGUCGCCCGACGUUGCCGCGGCGGUGCUGCCUCGCACGCGCCUCGCGCCGCUCGCGGUCUCGGCGGCGGAGCGAAUCCGCGUGCCGCGUAUCCGUGAAGCCCGGCGGGCGUACGGCCUGUUCGUGGCUGUGCUGCGAGCAGCGGAAGCAGCCGACGCAGGUGGCGGGGCGAGGGGGGCUGGUGGGGCGCUGGAGGCGGCCAGCGUGUGCGAGACGCUCGGCGCGAUGCUGGACGCGCCGGCGGCGACGGCGGAGGGGGCGGAGGGGGCGGUCGAGCGGCUCCUGGAGGAGAGCGGGGGGGUUGCGAUGCGUACGGAGUCAGGGGGGGGGAGUGUGGCUGCGGCGGACGCGGGCGGCGACGGAAUCGACUGGGGCGACAUGCUGGGAGGCAGCGAGGACGCCGAGGAGCACCGGGGCGCGGGGGGGUCGGUGGGUAGAAGGAGCGACGGGGGGGGGGAGUGUGCGGCGGCGGUGCUGCUGCGGCCGGAGGGGCUGCGGCGCGUGGAGAACGACCUCGCCGAGCUCGAAGCGUGGCUGUCCGCGCGCAAGUUCGAGAUGGAGCGGCACCCGGAGGUGCCUGCGUCGCUGCUGCCGCACGCACCGCCAGAGGUGCAACACCUGGACAUCGGGACGGUCGACAAAAUGAUCGAGGCUGUGACUGACGCACUGUCCUGCGAGCUUCUGGACGCCGUGGAGCUCGCGACGUCCGCGGAGGCGCGCGCGAGCAAGGCGGUGGAGCUGCGGAGGAGUGCGGCCGCCCCUCAGCGCGCCCGGCAGCAGGCCGCGGAGGUGGAGAAGCGACGUGGGGAGGCGCGGGCGCGGCUGAGGGCGUUGCAUGCGGAAGCCGGGGCUGCGGCGAGGUCCGCGCGGGCGCUGAGCGCGCUGAUGGCGAAGGGCGUGCGGGAGCGCCUGGCGGCGUCGCGGCGGCGGGGGUGGGGCGACGUGGUGGUGCGAGUAGGGGGGGGGGACUUGGAGGGAAGUGUUGAGUGGGGCGAAGGCGUCGGAGGGAGAGGCGGCGGGAGAGAGGUGACGGAGCGGUGA